CAAACGCGUGGAUGAUUUCUCACAUGUUCCGUGAAUGAUAGUUUACACGUGAGAGCGUUAGACGAGGUAAGGAUUGAUAGCCCUGGCGGAGGGUAGAAACGUAUCAUUCUGAAAACGCGCCCAACAAAUCUCCUCUGCAGUAUCGUACCUGGGAUCUGUCAGCCUAAAUCAUCCACAUGCUAUUAUAAUACAUCAUCCAGGGUAGACUGGGCGUCAGUGGCUGGAUUGAUCGGCACCUUGCUACAGAAGUGGGUCGGCCGUGCGGUGCGGGGCUUCCUUACUCAUAACUGUGCGGCCAAUUGUCCAAUUGGCGCAUGGGCUCAUGGGGAAAGUUGCGGCGGCCACGAGGGAUGGCGAGGACCAUCUCAUGGGAGCAGCGGGCGCAAAUGGAAGAGAAGGCCCGCCACAGGCGCAGCAUGCGGACUCUGCGGGCUGCUCUGGCGGUGUUCUCCGUGCUGCUGCUGGGGGUGGGGUCGACAGGGAUCGGGCUGGGGGCCGCCGCCGUCUACACACCUGGCGGGAAGAUCACCUCUAGGAACAGCAUGUCGCCGAUCUGCUGCGGCGCUUGUUUCUUCAUCUGCAGCGUUCUCGGCCUGAUCUGUGCGAGGAAGACUACAGCGUGGGCGAUCCUGUGCUUUAUAGUGGCGUGCAUCAUAUCUCUGGUCUUCAGUAUCGUGACUAUUCAGCUCCUAAGAGUGAUAGCCUCCGGAACACAUGGUCCCCAGGACAGCCUCUCCCUCCCUGGUCAGCCCACCGCAGUGCCAAGCUCGGGACAGGGCCUGAAGAAGAGCGUGACUCUGGCCCGGGGGGCCACGGCGGUGGCCGGGGUGGGGUGCGCCACCACCAUCAUACUGACUUUCCUGGCCUGUCGGGUCGCGCGGGAAGAAAAGAGAAGGUUGUUCAUGAUGAGGGAGGGAACCCUGGCACCCGGGUCGUCACAUCAGGUCAACGAGCUCACUUGAGACAUCGGACGGUCUCAUUACCUCCAUUUUGUAUAUUCUGACCUUUGACCUUCUUGUUCAUGUAAACGUAAUUAUAACUUGUGAGAGAGAUAUUAAGUUUUCAGUCAGAUACACAGUAUUCGCUAACAAGCGCCGAAUAUUUCCCUCAUCCUCGUUUCGUAAGGUAAUCCCUUGACCAAUGCACCCAUUUGCAGUGUUCGCACUGCAUGAUGGUACUAAGUGUCAAGCCAGGCCCCCUUACCGAAAUUGAUCUGAAGACAAUCAUUGUUGAGCGAAAGAAAAUGAAGAUGGACAUUCUUAAAACAAUAUUUUUGAUUUCUUCCUACAGGGGUCAGUAUAAACAACACAUGGGAGGAGAACUGAAGUACUUUGAUAGAAGUAGAAAAACACGAACGAUGGAAACCCUGACCUGAAAAUCUCUCUCACAUUCUUACAUAACAAUCCUUGUAUCACUAUGUCGUCCUUCAGAAAGCCCUUUCCAGUACUCGGGAAAGGAAAAAUGAAUUGAAGGAAACUUCUUACAUAGUUGAGAUAGUGAUGAGGAGGAGAAUCAAUAAGUGAUAUGACGCACAACCUUUGCUGAACUGCCGAACGGAGAGCUCUUCACGCCACUUGGAAGGACGCGGGUUCCUACUACGUGAUUGGUUUGCGGACAGUCGAUGAGCGGCCGGGUUGAUAGAAAAUACAUUGUAACUGGAGAAAACACACUACGUAAUGCAUAGAGCAAAUGUGCAUCUCUCCCUGAUAAUAAUCUAUAAAGACUAAGGGUAUGUUUAAUUGUUGAUAGGUUUAUGAGUGAAAGG